AUGUCACUUGUGAGAAUAAACUCGCCGUUCACUAUGAGUGCAUCUUUCGUCGAAACAAUCACUUUCAACUCAGAAUUAAACACUGCUGGUACAACGUUCCAUCCCACGUUGUUCUCCUCCACGUUGAACAGAUCUAUCACUGUGUGGUCAUGGUACACAAUGUGUUUGAAACCAGCCAAAGUUUGCGCCACAAACCCAUUUUUCAUGAAACUAACCUCAAUCACAUCGGAACCUAUCUCGUACUCCUCAAAAUCCCCAUUAUAG